AUGGCAGACUUUUGUGCUGGUGGGGAGGGAUUUGGCCCAUGGAGCACCGAUAGACUAUUGGACCUGACUCCUUGUUUUGAAGAGACAGUACUCCUAUCAAUUCCACGAUUGCUAUUGGUGAUUUGGGCAAUAAUCAGAUCUGUAAAGCUUGCUGGUCGGCCCUCACCUAUGGUACCUAAAGGAUGGCUAUACUGGUGCAAGAUGGUCACCACGUCAACCAUCCUUGCAUUGUUUGUCCUCCAAACAACGUAUAUCUUCAUCAAACACGGUCUGGGUCAACCCUUCCUGAUCGUGUCAUCAGCUGUAGACAUCCCAGUCACCAUCAUCGCUUUGGUCUUGACGCACAUGGAGCACUUACGUUCACGACUCUCGUCAUCAGCUCUGCUCUUCUAUUGGCUCCUCGUACUUAUCUUUAAUGGUGUCAAGAUCAACACGUACAUCCAAACAGACAUCGUGGAUACUGAUCCUGUCUUGUUUGGGCUUAUUAUUGCAAUCACGUUUGAAGCUUUGAUUGUGUUUGGUGUUGAGAACAUGUCGAAGCCGUAUACGUAUUAUAUGAGUCUUGAUGAGAAUGUGAAUGUGACGCCUGAAGAGACUGCUAAUAUAUUCUCGAGGCUUACCUUUCAUUGGAUGGACGGGUUGAUGAAAGCGGGUGCAAAAAAGGAUUUGGAGAUGGACGACUUGUGGAUGCUUAAGAAUAUCGACUCCGCUAAAUACAAUUCGGAAACCUUCCAGAAGUAUUGGAAUGAACAGCUUGCAUUGAAGAACCCUUCCUUGUUUGCUGCCAUAUACAAGACAUUUGGACCUACAUUCAUGUCAGCUGCCAUCUUCAAAGCUACUCAAGAUGCACUCGGUUUCUUUCAACCCCAAUUGUUGAAAUAUUUGAUGCUCUUUGCAAAGAGUUGGUCUCCUGAUACGGCUACCUUUCCUCAACCCAUGUAUCGUGGCUUUUCAAUUGCUAUUUUGAUGCUGCUUACGGCCUUAUGUCAAACUGCAGUACUUCACCAGUACUUUCAUAUCUGUUUCAUAACUGGAAUGAGAGUACGAGCAGCAAUCGUAACCGCAGUAUAUCGAAAAGCUCUCCGCCUAUCAAACAACAGUCGUCAAAGCUCUACAGUUGGCGAAAUAGUCAACUUGAUGAGUGUUGAUGCCGCUCGUAUAAUGGAUUUAACUUCAUAUCUACACAUCUUAUGGAGUGGUCCAUUCCAGAUAUGUCUUGCCUUGUACUUUUUGUAUGAGGCUUUGGGACCUGCUAUCUUUGCGGGGGUUGCGGUCAUGUUGCUUAUGAUUCCUGUGAAUGCAUGGUUGGCUACGCAAGCAAAGAAGUUGGGAGUUAUUCAAAUGAAGAAUAAGGAUAGAAGGACGAAGAUGAUGGAUGAGAUCUUGAAUGGAAUUAAGGUCAUCAAGCUCUAUGCGUGGGAGAGAUCUUUCUUGAAGAAGAUUUCUGGAGCAAGAGAACAGGAAUUGAGUACUCUGAGGAGGAUUGCCUAUUUGGCGGCCGCAUCAAGUUUCUCCUGGUCUGCAACCCCCUUUUUUGUAUCAUUCUUGUCGUUUUCGCUAUAUGCUGUAAUUUCGGAUCAGCCUCUCACGUCUGACAAGGUUUUCGUGUCCCUGACACUCUUCAACCUUCUUCAAUUCCCGUUAUCCAUGCUACCAAGUGUCAUCACCUCAUGCAUUGAGGCCUCUGUAUCAUUCGGAAGACUGUACAAGUUCUUGGUCAAUGAAGAAUUGGAUAACAAAGCUGUGGUGUAUGAAACACCACCUCCUUCCACGAAAGCCAACUCAGUAGAACGAGUCGCAGUCAAGGAUGGUGUCUUCAGAUGGGCAAGAACUUCGAACGAGUCUAAUCUUACAGAUAUUAGCUUCAAUUGCAAGGAUGGAGAGUUGCUUGCCAUCGUUGGAGUUGUCGGUGCUGGUAAAUCAUCCAUUGUUUCAGCCUUGUUGGGUGAAAUGUACAAGUCAAGUGGCAGUGUCAUCAUUCGUGGAUCUGUAGCCUACGUCCCUCAGACACCAUGGAUUAUGAAUGCCACAUUACGUGAUAAUAUCUUGUUUGGGUCUCGUUAUGAACAUGACUUUUACGAAGAAACUAUUACUGCCUGUGGAUUGAAACCUGAUUUGGAAAUGCUUCCUGGAAAUGAUUUGACAGAGAUUGGUGAAAGGGGGAUUAAUUUAUCAGGCGGUCAGAAAGCCAGAGUGGCUUUGGCACGCGCAGUAUACGCUCGCGCCGAUAUCUAUUUAGUAGACGACACCCUAUCAAGCGUUGAUGCGCACGUUGGUCGUUCUAUAUUUACAAGUGUUUUGGGUCCAGAGGGAUUGUUGAAGGACAAGGCUCGUAUAUUCGUCACACACAGCAUACAAUUCUUACCAGAAUGUGAUCAUGUCAUGACCGUAGCUGGUGGCCGUAUCUGUGAAUUGGGAUCAUACGCAUCCUUAAUUCAAGAAGAGUCAUGUCUAAGAGGUUUGAUGAGAGACUAUGGCAAACAACACCACGUCUCAGAACCCGCCUCAGAAUCAAAUACACCUGAACAACAACGAAAAGCUGCACCAAAUGGAGCUACCACUCCUUUCACUGCUGCAACUACAACGACUAUGCCAACAACAACAGUUACCGCACCUGUAGUUGAAAACGGUGCUGUCAUGAAAGCACCAAUAGUCAUAAAUGGUACUCAAUUAGUUCAAAAGGAAACAUCAGCUUCAGGAUCUGUAUCAUGGGAUGUUUAUAUCACAUAUGCCAAAUCAUGUUCUCUAGAAGCUGUCAUCCUCUUCUUGAUCAUGUGUAUCGGCACACAGAGCAUUUCGAUUGGCAUGAACUUGUACUUGGCUGAUUGGACGAGGUCCAAUGAUUCUGAUAGUGGUGGUGUGUCGAUUGGAACAAGGUUGGCUGUGUAUGGUGGUCUUGGCAUUGCUAGUAGUUUUACGGUGCUGCUACAGGUUAUCUUUGUUGUUAUCUUUUGUGGCAUUCGGUCUGCCCGCAAGUUACACUCAGAUAUGUUGUUGAAUGUCAUGAGACUCCCUCAACAAUUCUUCGAUGUGACUCCUCUUGGAAGAAUUCUUAAUCGAUUCAGCAAAGACCAGUACACUGUUGAUGAAGUCCUUCCUCGAGUCUUCCAAGGUUUCUUCAGAACACUUUUCCAAGUUCUUGCGGUCUUGGCUGUAAACGCGAUGAUUUCUCCGUAUUUCAUCGUUUUCGCUACUCCUCUUGGCCUUCUUUAUUUAUACUUCCAACAAUUCUAUAUCCGAACCAGCCGAGAAUUGAAGCGUCUGGAUUCUGUCAGUCGUUCGCCAAUAUACGCUCACUUUAGUGAGACGCUCGGUGGAGUAUCAAGUAUUCGAGCUUACAAACAAGAAAUGAGGUUUCAGCAUUCCAAUGAGGAUCGACUAGAUAUCAAUCAACGAGCGUACUACCCAAGUGUAUCAUCAAACAGAUGGCUUGCUGUUAGGUUAGAAACAAUCGGGUCUCUGAUUGUCUUUGGUUCUGCACUGUUUACAGUCUUAACCAUUUACAUCACGGGUCAUAUUGACGGAAGCUCAGUUGGUUUGAGUUUGAUGUAUGCUUUGUCGGUUACUCAGACUCUGAACUGGAUGGUCAGACAGAGUUGUGAGAUUGAGACAAAUAUCGUUUCAGUGGAACGUAUUAAGGAAUACAUAGACCUCAAACAAGAAGCUUUAUAUGAGACUAAACAAGAUAGAUCUCUACCACCGCAUUGGCCAGCCAAUGGAGCUAUCGAGUUUAGAAAUUACUCUACACGAUAUCGUGAAGGGUUAGAUCUGGUCCUCAAGGAUGUGACAUUCUCCGUAAAGCCACAAGAAAAGAUUGGAAUAGUCGGACGUACAGGUGCUGGCAAGUCGAGUUUGACACUCAGUUUAUUCCGUCUUGUCGAAGCUGCAUCUGGAAGUAUCGCUAUUGAUGGAGUUGAUGUCAGUGCUUUGGGAUUGGGAACGUUGAGGUCCAAGUUGACCAUUAUUCCUCAGGAUCCAGUGCUCUUCCAAGGCACUGUUCGAGACAAUCUGGAUCCAUUCGUUAAACAUACAGAUGAUGAGAUUUGGCGUGCACUUGAGAGUGCGUCUUUGAAGGAAACUGUGGGCAGAUUAGAACUGAAGUUAUCUGCACCUGUAUUACAAGGUGGUGAAAAUUGGUCUGUUGGCCAACGCCAGCUUCUGUGUCUUGCAAGAGCCCUUUUGCGCAAAACCAAGAUAUUGGUUCUUGAUGAAGCUACUGCAAGUAUUGAUCAAGAAACCGAUUCAAUCAUUCAAAAGACGAUUCGAAAAGAGUUCAAGGAUUGCACCAUUCUCGUCAUUGCCCAUCGAAUCAAUACGGUGAUGGAUAAUGACCGAAUCCUUGUCCUUGAUCGAGGUCAAGUCAGUGAAUUCGAUUCACCACGUAAUCUUCUCAAAAAUCAUCGAUCCAAGUUUUACUCUCUGGCCAGGGAGUCUGGAUUGACGAGCGGUAGUUCCAAGUAG